CCUCGACUUCCACAUGCACACCAUACAUCACUGCUGAGACCACCAUCAAGCAUCAGCUGCGACCGAAGGAAAUGGCAGGUUUAACCCCUGCCGCGCCCACUUCUUCUGCACAAUAUCGAACUGCAUGCCAGGUGGAUACACAGAUGACCCGCUGCGCUUGUGGACUGCCUUCUCGAGGCCUACCGUCCGAGCACGAUAGCCGGAAAAUAUGAAGAAGAUACCGAGGCCUAGAGCUGACAGCCUGCAUGAGCUUGUUGCUGCUAGCGUAGUUGAGGAUUUUAGUAUCAUAGCAAUAGAAGCGGUCUGCGAUUUGAGACAUCAAAGUUGCGAGGGAGGGGAGUUGAGGUGUGGUUGUCUUGCUUGCAUGAGGCUGAGCAGUUGGAAUAUAGAAAAUGCAGUGCAUGGUUGGGGGGGAAACUGGCUUUCACUGUUUGCGCGUCUAGUCACUUUGACUUUGUUCUUAGCCGCAGCUUGUACUCUAUCUAAGCGCACGUUACGACUCCUGAUUCUCUUUUACCCACUUGCCAUCACAUCUGAGGAUGGAAGUUUCAGGUGUGUGAAAACUAGAGCCAGACAAUACAGUCGUUUGGGAAGCAAGGUACAAUGCGAGGAAGAGAAAAAGCCUCCUUUUGCUCUUGAUACAUGCAUUUGCCGAGAGUGGGAACGGUCUUGCGAACGCUGUCCAAGAAUGAAGAGGGAAAAACAAGCAUUUGCUAUAGUAACUGACCCUAGUAAUUCCUUUUCCAAGCAGUCGGAUUUCAGAACAGAUCAUACCUGGUUGGCAAGGAUGUUUUGGAUCUGAGAGAAGUGCUCUGAUGGAGACGAAGAUGUCGGAGCAGUGUGAGGUUUACAUGUGUGGCACUGGGCUAUAGACGCCACUGAAAAACGAUGAAUAAGUUUGAAAUCAAAGACACGGCUCACGAGAUUAACGCCUCGAAGUUUUGAGUAGAUCUUAGGCACUUUCAAGGAAAAGUGGGGGGGAAAUAUAUACUCCAGCUCUGCGAGGUUUAUAGUAACAGUUGUAGUG